AUGGCAGAACCAAGGUGCACCUUGUCUGAUUAUGAAAGACCUCAGUUUACUGGUGAGGAAUUCAGUGUGCAUGCUCCCACCGUGCCUGCUAAUAACUUUGAAAUCAAAGCAAGCACAAUUGGGAUGGUCCAAAAUUCCGUACAAUUUGAUGGACAGCUCAUCGAUGCUGCAGCAGGGGGGUCAUUGAGUAGUAAAACCCCUGAGGAUGCUGAAAUCUUGAUUGAAAACAUGGUUGAGGCCCUGACAAAGAGAUUCAAUCAGUUUGUGUUCGGUACGAGCUCAAAUUCUGGUGCAAUUUUGUCUUGCGAGACUUAUGGGGCCGGGCAUGCUACUGUUCAGUGCCCAAUUUCAAUAGCCUCAGAUGCCCCAGUUGAGACAGUUGAUUAUGUUGGGGGAGCUCCCAGAGGCCCGGGGAAUCCUUAUGGAAACAUAUAUAAUCCGGGGUGGAGGAAUCACCCAAAUUUUUCUUGUGGUCAACAACAGCAACAUCGGCCCCCGCAGCCACAGGGACUUCCACCUCAACCUCUCCAGCAGCCCGAGAAGAAGUUCACCACUGAAGAUGUGUUAGCAAGGUUUAUGAUCAAUACCGAGGCAAAAUUUGUGAACAUCAACAACCAAUUUGCUGAAGUGGGGCAACUUUCUAGGGCAAACUCGGAGCGACCGCCGGGUAGCUUACCUAGUAACACUGAAAAUAAUCAAAGGGAGCAUUUGAAAGCCGUCACUCUCAGGAGCGGGAAGCAGGAUGAAGCACGAGCCGAGGAGGGCUCAAGCACUAAACAUAAUGGGGUAGCCGCACGGGAAGACCCUAAGCCAUCUGAGAGUGAACUUGAAGGGGUAAAGGAAAAACAAGAUGAAGCAACCAUUCAACUACAAACACCAAGGAUACCCGAGUACAAGCCGGUGAUCCCCUAUCCGGCUAGGCUGAGGCAAGAUAAGGAUGAGGCUCAAUUCAGGAAAUUCCUCAAUGUAUUUAAGCAGUUGCACAUAAAUAUCCCUCUUGUUGAAGCAUUAACUCAGAUGCCCAAGUAUACAAAGUUUAUGAAAGACCUGCUGACUAAUUAG